GUUAUGUCAUUCGCUUGUACUUACUAUGUACCUCAGCAGCCUAGAUGAAUCAUGACGAUCAUAUCAUGUCGACCUCCUCGACUCGUCUCGCAUCGCGAUUGGCAAGCUAUGCUUUCAGUCCGAGUCGGGACGCUACACAGUCCUCCACCGCGGGUCCAAGUCGGCCAAUACAACAAGUGGAAGUGAUCCUUGACAAGCGGCGUCGGGAGCGGGGACCUGAGGCUGAGGACGAAUGUGAAGACUCUGAGAUCAAGUCAGAGCCAGACUCAGAUGAAGAAUGGACUCCAGUCGGAUCCAAUGGCAAGCCUCGGUCGAGCUCCGAGCUCUCUGCACCCUUUAAGACACCCACGAAGCGGCUUCGGCUCCGAUCAGAUAGAGGUGAUCGAAGUCCUCCCCAGCUGGUGGAAGUCAAGGCUGAGACUGGUUCGACGGCGACGACAAUCAGUCCUACGAAACGAACGGCAGGAACACCUGCCAAAGACAGGUCGACACCUAAGAAAGCGCCAAAAGUUCCAAGACCCUAUGCUGGGCCGGAGGUCUAUGCUCAUUUACACCAAGUUCCAGAUCAUAUCAAGCCGGGUCUGAAGAUAUUGUUCUGCGGUAUAAAUCCGGGGAAGAAAUCAUCCAUUGAUGGACAUCAUUUCGCUCAUCCAAGCAACAAGUUUUGGAAAGCCCUCUAUCUAUCUGGUAUCACGGACCGUCGAGUGGCACCCAGCGAAGAUGCCAGUAUGCCAGAAUUGUUCAACUUUGGCUUGACGAAUCUGUGCGAUCGUCCCACUUCAGAAAUGUCAGAACUCUCCACACUCGAGAUGAAGCUUUCUGUACCUUUGCUCACGCGCAAGAUUAUGGCAUUUACACCACUGGUCGUCUGCAUGGUUGGAAAAAAGAUUUGGGACGUAUACCAAGCCCAAGUGUCUCCUACAGCGGGACCACCUGGCUCGCUUAAACCUCCUCAAUCGCCAGUACCUGAACGCAUCCGAUCGGAGAGAAUCAUCCAAAACCCAUAUGCAAAGGACCAUUCGCCGAACGGUGAUAUCCUCACCACCUCGUACAUCGACUCUGCGACUUCCGGCGCAUCAGAUCCCCCGGACCAUACUUUGACACUAUACAGACUGCCAUCUUCAGUCCCAAAAGCAGAGACAACCCCGUCCCCCGCUAAGACUCUACGCAAAGGCGAACGCAAAGCCCCAGCCCACAAGGAACCAUUCGACUGGCACGCUCCCAGACCGUUCAGGUUACCACACGAGAACAAGGAGGCAUACACUUAUUUCUGGGUCACACCAAAUACGUCAGGUCUCGAGCGGACCCCGCUCGCAGACGUUGUUGGAAUGUUUCGGUCGCUCAAUAGCUUUGCUCAGUCCCUUGAACGUGGUGAGGAGCCUUUGGGCUCAUAUAGAGAUAUAGACAUCAUCGGCGUCAAGUCAACAGCUCAAAAGGUCAGACGGGAUGCGAUGGAGAAAGGUCAUGAUGUGGAUCACAUUCUCACAUCUUGAACUGCUAGACCUAACUCUUCGAGGAAAGAUCAGACU